AUGCACGUGAGCUGACGAUUGAAUACACACACAGACGGACGACAGCAUGCUAUUGCCCCCUCUCUUUCUCCCUUUAUCCCUUCCUCUGCUCAGAUGUAUUCUCUAAUGGAGAGCACUGUCCUCGUAGCCACGAAUCUUGCUGUGAUGGUCGGCCAUCAAUUAUGGCCGCCAGGUCCUUCCCUCAGCAUCUUUCUUAACGAAGUGGGCGCCCUGAUGGUUUUGGUCUUAAUAGAGGCAGCUGCCGAGGCCUUUCUCUUUGUUGUAAGACAACAUAUCUAUGCCGACCACCAAUACAUAUCUUGUCAAUCUGUGCUCUUCUCGCCAGGUGAUGAUCAGAUGGCAUAAUUUGCCACUCACGGGAUCAGGGGAAGAGAGGGGCGUACUGUGGAAUCGCACACUUGUGUGCCUGUGGGCGACUAUCCAUGUGUCUCUAGGGAUUCUGACCUUUUUCUACACCUUUCUGACGAAGGUAGGCCUCUUUCCAGCAACGAAUAGGCGGUGGGUAAUUGUGUAGCGAACUCCCCGUGUCCCUUGCUUUGUUUGGCAGGUUGUUGAUUCGGACAAGUGGGCCGGUGUCAAUGUCGAUCCCCAUGAUUUCUGUCCACAUUUUUCUUUCGUGCGCGAGUGGGAAUACCACAGUAACAGAGUCUGA